AUCGGCCAAAAGCGACAGCAACAACAACUACAACUAAUACUACAACAACAACAACUAGCGCAGCAGCCGCCGCAAUGGCAGCAACCGCUCCGGAAGACCCAGCCCAAGCCAACGGGACUGGCCAGGGCAGCGGCAACGGCAACGGCAAUGGCAACGGUAACGGGAAUGGCAAUGGCCAUGGGAAUGGCAACGGCACUGGAGGCAACGGGACGCCCCAGGAGCCCGGCCAGGCCCAGGUGUCGACGGUCAAGCUGCCAACGCCCAGCCAUGUGGACGGGGAUGCGGAUGGCGGAGCAGCAGCUGGUCCCAGCGCUGCUGCUGGCGAGGCUGUCGACGAUGCGGCCACUGAUGCGGGCGCCAGCUCAUUGCCGCCGUCGGAAAUUGGCGGUCGUCCGCCGUUGGACACCGCCUGCUCGGAUGGCGGUGGCGCCUCGAGUCUGGCCGGCGGCAUCGUUGGGCCGCCCAGCCCGCUAACCGGCUGCUAUUUGCUGAUUGUGAUGGGCGAGCCGCACUCCGAGGAGCACAAGGACAACAUCUUGCAGCAUUUGCUCAAGGGUUUCCUGUCCUGGGACGUAUCCGAUUGUCAUGUCGACCUGGAGGAGGAGCUCAAUACAAUCACACAGCAUGCACCCGAGGGCGAGGAGGCGCGUCACGGUGAGCGACUCAUACAAUAUGCCAGCGAGAACCUAGUGACGGAGGUGCUCAUACAUCCGCAAUACAAUACGCUUAUACAAUGCAUGCGUAAUCUACUCAGUAGUUUUACGAGGCAUCGGCAUAUUAUACACGCUGGCUACACCUUUAGCGGUAACGGUUCUUGGAUCCUACAGGAUGGCACCUUCUCGGUGGCUGACUUUGCGGAGGCAUUUCAAGAGCACGACGUACAAAGGGUGAUACGUGCCUAUGCGGACACCAUAACGAUGAAUAUACACUGUGCCGACGCUGGUCUAUGGCACACAUUGCCGGAUAAGGUAUUUUCGCGACAGUGUAAAAUACGCAUCAAUCCGGUGGAUGUCCUGGACACCAGUAGCGAGUCCAUCAAUGGCUUUAUAGAUUAUCUGGCGCCAAUGGUGGUGCCAACGUCACUGCGUGAGCUGCUGGAGACGUCGGAUGUGGUGGGCAAUAUACGCUUCACACACCCAACGCUCUAUGUGUUUCCCGGGGGCCAGGGCGAUGCCGCUCUCUUUGGCAUCAACGGCUUUAAUAUGCUAGUUGAUGGCGGCUUCAAUCGAAAGGCCUGCUUCUGGGACUUUGCACGGCAUUUGGACCGGCUGGACGCGGUGCUGAUGACGCGCCUGAACAACAGCAAUGUGCAGGGACUUGGGGCUGUGGUGUCACGCAAGCGGGACUCUCAUGUCUAUCCACAGAUUGGGCAUUUCUUUGGCAAUGUUCCCGAUCGGAAGGGUGGACUGCCCAGUCCUGAUGGCGACAAGGACCGCAAUCCACUGCUGAUCGAUCUCUUUGAGCGCGGUCACGCCUUGGUCAACGAUCUCAAGUCGCUUGACCUCAAGCCGCAGUGCUGCUAUCGCAAUCAAGAGCCUAUAAAUCUCUACCACAAGGUUGGUCACGGCACCCUGGAUAUGUAUGUGAUAAGUCCCUCACGGGACUCCAAAGAGGUCAAAGAGUUUCUACAAAAAUGGAAUUCCGGGGAUCAGCGCCUCUUCACCGCGCGCGACACCAAGGAGUUUAACUUCCCCCUGCAGAAUUUGGUAUCCAUUUGCGCGCUGCUUGUCUGGCAGCCGGCUAACCCGGAUGAUACCAUUACGCGUAUCCUCUUCCCGGGCAGCACACCCGACUUUAAGAUCCAGGAGGGUCUGGAGAAGCUCAAGCAUCUCGAGUUCAUGAAGCACUCCACUUGCACGGCCAAGUCAAUAGCCCCAGCUAUACAGACAGUGACAAGUACCAGAAAGACACUCAAAUCAGCUAUUGAAGGCACGCCACCCAGCGCUAGCUACAAGCCCAGUAAAUUUGGCCCAACUGCCAUAGCAGCCGUGGCUGUGCAGCAGGAUAACAAGGCAAAGGAAGCUAAGGAAGCAGCAGCAGCAGCAGCAGCGGCAGCAGCAGCAGCUGCCGCAGCAACCGCUGCAGCUGCAACUGCUUUGGAAACACCUGGCGAUCAAGUGGAACGACCCACGCCGCUUUUGAGUGCUAAGGCGGACUCCAUAGACACGGAUGAGCCAGACGCUGAGCCUGAACCGGAGCUCGCUAUCGACACCGGUGACGAGGGCGCGCCAGAGCCUUCCGUUCCCUCCACGGAGCCAGCUGAGCACGAGGACAACAAGGACACUGAUGAGGAGAAAAAGGUGGAAGUGUUGAUUGUCAAGCCACAGCCGGCAGCUGCGCCUGUCAAGGACGCAGUCGAUGCAACCGCCACAGAAGCUAGCAGCAAGACAGCAAAGGCCGCCAAGGGCAAGCCGGACAAGCCUCGAGCGGAAGUCAAGCCAGUUGUACGCUCUAGAAUUGACAGCAAGCCGCCAAAGUCUAUGGACCGCAAGCUGGUGAAGCGUGAGGACAAAAAGAGCUCGCCUACUGCCACGCCAGCUGUAAGCCGAGCGCCAGCUACGCGCGAUGUCAAGCCUAAGGUAAUGACACGCACCACCAAGUCGAGUCCCAGCAGCACACCUGCCAAGAGCGCCAAGGAGGCCAACAACCGCAAGGUGCUUGAGUCCAAGCAACAGGCGACCGCGGCUCGGCAGAGCACAGCCAGCACACGUCGCACUGUUGGCACCAUGGAGAAAAGGUCUGUGGCGGAGACGAAGACAACGCAGCAAGCAACGACGCAAGCAGCGCAGCGCAAGCCCAUCUCCCGGAGGCCACGAGGGGUCUCUCCAUCCAAGCGAGCUCCGGCCCCUGGCAGUCCCAUUAAGUCAGCUAAGCCAAAACCUGAUUUGAAGAAGUCACGACUGGAUAAGGGUGGUACCACAGACUCCAGCUUGGUGUCCACACCGUCCGCAGAUGAGGCGACAGCAGCCAAAAAGAUGUUAGAUCUAAGUGCCUCACAAGAGCUAGAUGCUGAAAAGCAACGGGAAUUGGAUGACCUCAAAGAGGAACAGGAAGUUGUGCGAGAAAUUGAGGCAGUUUUCAGUCGCGACGAGAUGAAACGGCAACACUUGAUCAAAGCGGAGCUGCGUGAGAUGGCGAAGCAGGACAGCACAACGGAGGCCGAGGAAGAGGAGGAAUAUUUAAUUAUUGAAAAGGAAGAGGUAGAGCAGUAUACAGAGGACUCAAUUAUUGAGCAAGAGCAGGAGAGCAGCAUGACUAAGGAGGAAGAAAUUCAAAAGCAUCAGCGUGACUCGCAGGAGUCAGAAAAGAAGCGUAAGAAAAGUGCAGAGGAGGAAAUCGAAGCCGCCAUCGCAAAGGCUGAAGCCGAGGAGCGUAAGGCUCGUCUGGAGAGUAGUGAAGCAGCCAGGCAUGAGCCGCACGAACAGUUACACAGCCCUGAGAAAACGGAAAUCAAGGCUGAGGUUCAAGAGAUCAUAUCCACUGCCAAGGACAUUGUCAAGUCUCGCACUGAAGAACUGCCCCAGGCUAAGCAUGCUGAAGAAGAAUUCUCUUCCCCUACUCCUGACGACAAGCUCAGCAGCGCCAAGAAAACUUCUGAUACUAAGGACGAGCUGAUUGAAGCUCCUGAGCUGCCGCCCAUUAACUUGCAAGAAAGUCUUCCAGAGGAAAAAUUCUCAGCUACAAUCGAAUCCGGAGCUACCACAGCUCCUACCCUACCCGAAGAUGAACGCAUUCCAUUGGACAAGAUUAAGGAAGACUUGGUCAUUGAGGAGAAAUAUGUUAAAGAAGAAACCAAGGAAAUCGAAUCGAUUGUUGUGGCUACCGUUGCAGUGCCUGUCGCAGCAACGACCGCGGCCUCCAUUAUCACGCCAACCGAAACUAAAAUAGUGGUUGCUACUGAGCCGCUUGCCGCUGGUAUGGAUUCUGCAGAGAGAGUCUUACCCAAGAAAAUGACUUUUGAGGCACAGCAGAAUCUAAUGCGAGAUGUUAUAAAAACACCUGAUGAGGUGGCAGACUUGCCCGUACAUGAGGAAGCUGACCUUGGGCUAUAUGAGAAAGACACACAUGAAGCAGGAUCCAAGAGUAUUUCACAUAAAGAAGAAACAGCCAAAGAAGAAAAAGAAACCGAAGAUGAAAAAGUUGUCAAAGAUAUUGAUGUGGAAGAGGAAGCCGAACAUAUUCCUGAGCCUGAGAUUAUUGCGAAGACAGAGGACCCUACUAAGGUAGAAUUUGACGGAAAAACUGCGGUCCCCAUAAUUCAGAAAACCGAUAUUAUUAGUGAAACAGUUCCUGACAAGGACAACGUGGUGAUAGCGCAGGAGCAACCAGGCGAAAAAAUCGACAAGAAGCUUGCCAGUACACCAGAUGAAAAAGAAACUAGCGAUAUAACUUCCGAAGAUGAAUUGCCAGCACAUCCUAUCCAACCUACAGCUGUACCGACAAAAGUAAAGGACCGUGAAGACACCGUAUCUCUAGAAAGCCCUGCAACAAUUGAAGAAGCCAUUGAGGUUGAAGUGAAAAUAUCGAAGAAGGAACUCCAUGACGUGCAAAUAACGAGGAAGGAAGUCCAUGAACAAUCCAGCAUAGGUGACCAAAAGAAAGAAGCAACUGGAGUGUCACCAACUAUCAAACAAGCUGAAAUGCAAAUAACUAAGGCAGCAAUAGAACUUAGCCAGCAAAAGAAUUUACAAGAUGAAGAGAUUUCUCCUCUAAAAGACUUAGGGAAACUAGAGAUCUCAAAAUAUGAAGUAAUUUCUACAGAGCAGUCCCGUCGCGAAUCCAUUCAAGAAAGUACGAAGCCAGAAAACUUAAAAGGCGACAAGUCUUUACCAGCCUCUACGGAAGCAUCAAGACCUGAAUCAGUAGCCGAAAGUGUGAAGGGUGAGCAUGAGAAGCCAGAAAGCGUUAAGGUUGAAAAGUCUGGAGAGCCUUCCAGGAGAGAGUCCGUUGCGGAAAGUAUUAAACCCGACAGUUUGAAAGAUGAAAAGUCUCUACCCGUCUCCAAAGAAACUUCCCGCCCUGGCUCUGCUGUUGAAAGUGUGAAAGAAGAGCACGAAAAGCCUGAAAUUGUUAAGGACGAUAAAUCUGGAGAGCCUUCAAGACGAGAAUCCAUUGCGGAGAGUAUUAAGCCCGAGAGUUUGAAGGACGAYAAAUCRCUGCCUGUCUCCAAAGAACCUUCUCGCCCAAGCUCUGUUGUUGAGAGUGUAAAAGAUGAGCAUGAGAAACCUGAAAUUGUUAAAGAUGAUAAAUCUGGAGAGCCUUCGAGACGAGAAUCCGUUGCGGAGAGUACUAAACCCGAUAGCCUCAAAGCCGACAGCUUGAAAGAUGACAAAUCUCUGCCCGUUUCCAAAGAAGCAUCACGACCCGGCUCUGCUGUUGAAAGUGUGAAAGACGAGCACGAGAAGCCAGAAAGUGUUAAGGAUGAAAAGUCUGGAGAACCUUCCAGGAGAGAAUCAGUUACAGAGAGCAGUAAGCCAGAGAGUUUGAAGGACGAGAAAUCGCUUCCUGUCUCCAAAGAACCAUCACGACCGGGCUCUGUCGCCGAGAGUUUGAAAGAAUAUGAAGAGAAGCCUGGUAGUAUUAAAGGCGAGAAGUCUGGAGAGCCUUCAAGAAGAGAAUCCAUUGCAGAGAGCAUUAAGCUCGAAAGUUUGAAAGAUGACAAGUCUCUUCCUGUUUCAAAGGAGACAUCACGACCGGGAUCCGUAGACGAAAGUGUAAAGGCUGAACAGGAACAACCUGAGGCUCUAAAAGACGACACAUCCGCAGUGCCUUCCAGAAGAGAAUCCGUUGUUGAGUGCAAAAAGCCUGAAAGUGUUAAAGAUGACAAGUCUCUACCUGCUUCCAAGGAAUCAUCUCGGCCUGAGUCUGCUUUAGACAGUGUGAAGGGUGCAAAUGAGAAGUCUGAAUAUCUAAAAGAUGAAAUAACAAAAGCAGGUAUAAUUAAAGGUGACAAAUCUCCUGGCUCAGCUGAUGAAAGUGUGAAAGAUGAUCCUGAAAGUAUGAAAGAUGAUAAGUCUACAGAGCCUUCGCGGCGUGAAUCUGUUGCAGAAAGUACCAAAAUAGAAAGCACGAAAGAUGACAAGUCACUUCCCGUAUCCAAGGAACCCACACGUCCGGGCUCGGUAGUAGAUAGUGUUGAUCAUGAAGAGCCCAAAGAAAUUUCACGUCCCGAAAGUAUACAGCAUGAAAUAAGUUUAUCUAAAGAAUUUUCUGCUCAAGACUCAGUUGUCGAGACUGCUUCUUCACCGAUAGAUGAAGCUAAAGACUUCGUACUCGCGGAUAAUGUAAAUAAAGAUACCUUAGUCUUAAAUUUGGACUCGAAGGGUGACUAUCCAACACUUUCGAGCCCUAUUGAUGUUGCUGAGGGUGACUUCGCAGUGGCAACUUCCCUGGCACCAAAGUCGGCAGAUCAAAAGACGUCAAUUCCUGUCUCGAUUGGUGACACAGCAUCUUCACCAAUUGAUGAGGCAAAAGAUUUUAUACCAUCGGAUGGUAUAAAAAAAGAGACAUUCGUCCUAGCUAUGGAAUCAAAGAGCGACUUUCCAACCCUCUCAAGUCCUAUUGAUGUUGCUGAGGGUGACUUCUCAGUGUCAACAUCUAAGCCGCUUGAUGAUGAAUCUCCCAAGGAUAAUAAGUCAGCAUUGAGCUUCAAGGAAGUAUCACGACCUGAAUCUGUACACGAAUCUUUAGCUGAAAGUCCAAAGGCAGACGAUAUUACUGAAUCGACUGUUGAAAAACCAGAAAGUGACAAAGACAAAAAGUCUGCUACUUCUUCCCGAAGUGGAUCUAUUGCAGAGAGCACAAAAGUUGAUGAUAAGUCUCUACCGCUUACCUCAAAGGAACCAUCGCGUCCAGCAUCAGUGGCUGAAAGUGUGAAGUCAAAGGAAUCUUCCCGUCCAACUUCAGUCGCUGAAACAGCAUCGUCACCAAUAGAUGAAGCAUCAAAAGAACCUCUUUCAUUAAUAUUGACAUCUACUGAAAUGAAUGCGAACUAUCCAACAGUGUCCAGCCCAGUUGAUAUUGCUGAAGGCGAGUUUUCCCACACAACAUCGGGGGCGAUGGAAAUAGAAAAGCCUGCUGAAGACGCCACUGUGGGAGCGGUGCUAACGGCGUCCAGCCCAGUCGAUGUGGCAGAUAAUAUUUUUAAAUCGUUUACGACUUUUGAAGAACAUAUCAUUCAACAAACAAGCCAACCUGAAUCUGAUGGAAUCAGCUCGAGCAAAGGUACUCUGGAAUCGCUAACUGAUACGCUGAGUAAAAAGGCAGAAACUGUAAUUGAUGUAGUGAGUCAAAAACUAGAAAGUGCUAAGGAGCUAGUAGCAGAGUCUCUGGAGGGAUCCAAAACAGAAACUAAAACCGAUGAACAAGAGACAGAAGAUUCUACUACCAAGGGUAACUUAGACUUGAGUGGAUUUUCAGAGCUUCGAGAAACGCAUAUUACCACAGUUGACUCACCCGAAUUCACAGUAACCAUAUGCGAACGCGACGAGAGUAUUUUGCACGAUAUCAAGGAAGAGGAUGAGGAGCACAGAUUCUCGCCACCAACCGAAAAGGGAGCCAUUAUACCAGAGCAACCAAUGCGUCCCCUCUCGCCACGCGAAGAAGAAGUUGCCAAGAUAGUCGCCGAUGUAGCCAAGGUAUUGAAAUCCGACAAAGAUAUUACUGACAUUAUACCAGGAUUCAAUGAGAAGCAAUUGGAAGAAAAACUAAAAACCACUUCUGAACCUGAAACUGAGCCCACAGAUGAUUUAAAAACAAUCACACCAGAGGUUCUUUCGAGAAAAUUAAGUGCAACAAGGGACCUAUCGUUGGAUGAAAAGAUAUUGGAUAUCAAAAUGAUGAAGGUAGAUAUUGAGUCUGAAAAGUCAUCACCAGAUCAAAAAUCUGGGCCAAUUUCAAUUGAAGAGAAGGACAAAAUUGAGCAGUCCGAAAAAGCUCAACUCCGAGAAGGAGCUGCCAAAAUGGCUGAUAUUGAAGUAGCUAAGGAUAUUUCCAGGCCGGAGUCCGUAACAAGCCAGUUGGGAGCAAUCGAGUCUUUAACAUCCCAAACGGAGUCCAUAACAAGCCAAAAAGAAGAAAAGCUGGAAGAAUCGACAAUUCUGUCAAGAGAAGCAUCACGACCCGAAUCAGUGGCUAGUUUGAAAGAGGAACUCGAUCAAAAGCAUGAAAAAUCGCCACCACUAUCUAAGGAUAUUUCCAGACCCGAGUCAAUUGUAAGCCACGUUAGUGAGAAGGAAAUUGUCAGUGUAGAGUCGCAUUCCAGACGUGAGUCAGAAAUGUCUGCUGCUGACGGCGUGAAAGGCGAUGGAUCGGUUACAGCAAGCAAAGAUGCAACGCGUCCAGGAUCCGCAGCCAGCCACGUCAGCGAACAGUCAUCAGAGACAAAGAAAAGCCCCCACCCGGAAUCGAAAGAGAAGGAGAAUGAAUCCUCGCGGCCAGCAUCAAGUGCCAGUCAUAUCAGUGCCAAGGAUGAGCAGACUUCAGAGUCCCAACGCGAUUCAGUACUGAUAGCGACACUCGAAACCAAAAAGGAGGAAAAAUCAAGCGAAUCAACAAGCACAUCAAAGACUGUUAUAAGUCAAUCUCACCUAAAAGAAGAAUCUAUCAGCGAAUCCGUAUGUAGCAGCAUGAAGGCUGAGGACAGUUCACGGCGCGAGUCAUUGUCCAGUCUGCUGACCGACAAGGAAAUCACCAAAUUGGUUACCUCUAGCGUUAAGGAAGAUACUGAACAUGUUACAAAGAUAACGGAAAAAACGACAACAUCCCAGUUGGAGGAGCUACUCAUUCAGUCCGAAGAGUGUUCAUCCGAGUCCAUAGUCAGCGAGAUUCAAACUACGAGCAGCCAGAAGCCAAGUAGUCAAAUCUCAAGUAAGGAAAUCACAAGCACAAGUGUUCAGGAAUCAGUAAAGGACAGUCUCAAGGAAACGGUAGCUGAAUUUUUGGCAACGGAGAAAAUAGUUUCUGCCAAGGAAACCUUCAGCGCUAAUGCUACUAAAACCGCUGAUGACUGUCUAAAGAUGAUUUCCAGUGAAAUCACCUCCCAGAAGCCGUUGUUUGUCGGCACAGAUGAGUCGCGGCGUGAGUCGAUGCUUAGCCAGACCAGCGAGGGUCGACAAACCCACAGCGAUGUUGAGGAGGAUAGCGACGAUGACAGACAUGCCGGUCUAAAGGAAAGUCGCUCCAAGUCCAUUGCCACCAUCAUGAUGACCAGCAUCUAUAAGCCCUCCGAGGAGCUUGAUACGAUUGAAGCGAUCAAAGAAGAGGAGACUAAAGAAGAGGACGAACAUGAGGCAUCCAAGGAGACAAAAACCACUUCCUCCACAGACACAACCACUAAGACAACCACAUUGCUGCAAUCCUCUGAACAGAGCAGCAGCAGCACCACUACCACAACUAAAUCAACCGACUCGAAAACCAAAGUAGAGUCGAUAACACUAUUACACACACAAACACAGGCUGAGCAAGCAGUGGACGGCACAGAUCGCAAGACGCCGCCAACGGCACCGGUCAGUCCCAGUGUAAAGCCAGUGAGCACCACAAGCACCGCGGCCAGCUCAGGCUGUGCCAAGAGUGAGUCUAGCGCUGCCAGCGUCGCAUCAACAUCGGGCCCACUGUCGCCCAAAGAUAUUAGUGGUAAGUCUAGUCCUGGUGCUUUAACAUCUGAAAGUCAAUCCAUACCAACACCGCUAGGGCGUGAAUCACACACCGAGACACCAGAGUCAUCACCCAAACCAACAUCUCCGUUCCCGCGUGUCAGCAAAGACGAGCUUAGGUCCCUAGGUGCAGUGGAGGAGCCCGAUUUAGCCGAGAUUGGAAUCGACUCCAGCGAGCUGCUGCCCGAACUGCACGAGCUGCGUGGCAUUGAGAGCACCACAGCGCUGAGCGGCAGCACCGAAAAGAUUAUCACGACAACCAUAACCACAGUCACCAAGGUUAUCUCCGCGGAUGGCAAGGAGAUUGUGACCGAGCAAAAGACAGUUACUACAACCGAUAGCUCUGAGCCAGAUAGCGAGAAGGUCGUGGUAACCACAACGCGCACCACCAGCGAGAGCGAGAAGAGCGAGCGUGAGCGCGAUCAAAUGCUACCCAAGGAGGUGGCUGUGCUGCGUGGCACUUAUCGCUCCAGCACCCCCGGCAGUGAUGAUGAGCGUCUGGCCGGCGCUAUGAGCGAUGAUGACUUGCCAGGCACACCACGCAGCACCAGCUAUGAUCUGCAGCGCUCCAGCUCUGGGGUGAGCAAGCGCUCGGAUCUGGAUGGCGAGGACAGUCAGGAUGAUAUACCGCCUCAAUACGGCAGCGAAGAGCAUUCCACUGCGCGCGCUAUUCUGCCGCCCCGCACUGCUGAUCCCAUGGCAACCUCGUUCUAUGGCGCACUUCCCGAUAGUUUUGAUGGCAAGCCCAGCACAGAGCCCAUACCGAUACGAGGUGCCGUGCUGAUGACCUACACAGACUCACCGCCAGCCAGUCAAUCGUCGGAGAGUGUGGAGAGCACCAGCCAAACCUGGGCCGGACAUAAAUUCCUGGAUGAGGCCGACAAGGACUUCCAGAAGGCACUCGAGGAGCAUGUGCAGGCGCGCGGCGCCGAGGUGAUGUCUUCCGUGACCGCCAAGUAUUCCUACUCGCCUUCCAAGGCCGAGGAGGUCGAGCAAAUUGUCAGCAGCACUGCCGAGCGACAACGUUUCCCCCUCAGUGAUGUCCACAAGGUACGCAGCGGCGACAAUCUCUUGGCUAGUUUUGGCACCCUAAGUCCAGCUGGUGGAAGCCAGCAAGCAGCAAGCACUGCAACCACCACUGGCACUGAAAGCAGCCAUACAGCUGCCACACCGUCAACAGCAACAGCUGCAGCAACAACUGCAGCAACAUCAGCAACAACUGUAGCAACAACUGCAGCAACAACAACAGCAACAACAACAGCUAGCACAAGCAGCACUACCGGCACUCUGCCAAAGGAUCGACUUGAGGAAUGGGGCAAACCACUCGGCCUCCCAUCACCGGCACCAUUGCCGGUCGAAGGCGCCGAUAUUCGCACCACACCCAAGAAGGAGCGUCGCUUGGUCGCAACCAAGACGCGACUGAACAAUGAGAAGAACCUGCGCAAGCGUAGCGAGUCACCCAACAAGGCUAAGAAGCCCGCACCAGUGUAUGUGGAUCUUACCUAUGUGCCGCAUAACGGCAACUCCUACUAUGCGCACGUGGACUUCUUUAAGCGCGUCCGUGCUCGCUACUAUGUCUUCUCCGGCACUGAGCCUAGCCGUCAGGUCUACGAUGCCCUGCUGGAGGCCAAGCAAACCUGGGAAGACAAAGAGCUAGAAGUUACCAUUAUACCGACGUAUGACACUGACGUGCUGGGCUACUGGGUGGCCGAGAAUGAGGAGCUGCUUGCCAAGCACCGCAUCGAUCUGUCGCCAUCCGCUUCGCGCUGCACAAUUAACUUGCAGGAUCAUGAGACCUCGUGCUCCGCAUAUCGCUUAGAGUUCUAGGCCACGGGCUUGUUUAUUGCAUUUGACGAUGACGACUAAAAGAGUUAAAUAGGAAAAACACAAACUUUUCAAAUCACUUCCACACAUAGACAGAGAAUUGAGUGCGGGCCCUCUCUCUCUCUCUCUCACUCUCUCUCUCUCGUAAACCUGAUUGGGGCUAACAACAGCAAAAACAAAUAAAUUUAAAAAAAAAAACACACACACACACACACAACACACAUCAAAAUGACGACUUCCAAUUCUUGAGCUUAACGAUGACGAGUAAAAGAA